AUGGACUUACCGCUUUACCAACAGCUGCAGUUCAGCCCGCCUUCCCCAAAGCCGGACCAAUCCAGCAGCUUCUACUGCUACCCAUGCUCCCCUCCCUUCGCCGCCGACGCCAGCUUUCACCUGAGCUACCAGAUCGGUAGUGCCGCCGCCGCCACCCCUCCACAAGCCGUGAUCAACUCACCGGACCUGCCGGUGCAGCCGCUGAUGGAGCAGGCGCCGGCGCUGGCUACAGAGCUGGGCACCUACGCCAGUGGUGGUGCACAAGACGCCGGCGUCAGCGCCAGCCUCGACAGGGCGGCGGCCGCGGCCGCGGCGAGGAAAGACCGGCACAGCAAGAUAUGCACCGCCGGCGGGAUGAGGGACCGUCGGAUGCGGCUCCCCCUUGACGUCGCCCGCAAGUUCUUCGCGCUCCAGGACAUGCUUGGCUUCGACAAGGCCAGCAAGACGGUACAAUGGCUCCUCAACACGUCCAAGGCCGCCAUCCAGGAGAUCAUGGCCGACGACGUCGACGCGUCGUCGGAGUGCGUGGAGGACGGCUCCAGCAGCCUCUCCGUCGACGGCAAGCACAACCCGGCGGAGCAGCUGGGAGGAGGAGAUCAGAAGCCCAAGGGUAAUUGCCGCAGUGAGGGGAAGAAGCCGGCCAAGUCAAGGAAGACGGCGACCACCCCGAAGCCGCCAAGAAAAUUGGGGAAUAAUGCGCACCCGGUCCCCGACAAGGAGACGAGAGCGAAGGCGAGGGAGAGGGCGAGGGAGCGAACCAAGGAGAAGCACCGGAUGCGUUGGGUAAAGCUUGCAUCAGCAAUUGACGUGGAGGCGGCGGCUGCCUCGGUGGCGAGCGACAGGCUGAGCUCGAACCAUUUGAACCACCACCACCACUCAUCGUCGUCCAUGAACAUGCCGCGUGCUGCGGGGGCUGAAUUGGAGGAGAGGGAGAGGUGUUCAUCAACUCUCAACAAUAGAGAAAGGAUGCAAGAAAUCACAGGGCCGAGCGACGUGGUCCUAGGCUUUGGCAACGGUGGAGGAGGAUACAGCGGCGGCGGCGGCGGCGGCAACUACUACUGCCAAGAACAAUGGGAACUUGGUGGAGUCGUCUUUCAGCAGAACUCACGCUUCUACUGA